CGGGGAAUUCCCUAUCCGCGUCCUCCGUCGGAAAUGGCCGUCAGUUCCCGGUCCUCCAUUGGACUGAGCCGCUGUCAGUCGGCCUCCCUCCUGCUGAACACCGUCCGCCUCUCCGGCUCUCCGUCUCCGUCAUAUUGGCUGCGAGGAGCAGCAGCGAGCACGGCUGAGAAGAAGACCCCCACCAUGACGGGAAACGGGGCUCCCGCUGCGCUUUAAAAAAUGAUUUAGCCCUUUAAACAUUUUUACUAGUAUUUUACUAAUUAAUUAGAAAAUAAUCGGGAUGAUACCUUCAAGUAUCCGAGAACCUUUAGUGCUUUCCUCCGACACCGUGGUCCACCAGGGGGAUGUAGUCCUGACUUCUCUUCAGAGCCGCUUUCUGCAGACAAAGAGUGCUUGUGAAUAAAGCUUUCAAAGACACACGGCUCCCCGGAGCUCCUGUUGAUGAAGAAAGUGGGCAACAUGUGGAGCAACUUGAAGAGCAAAUGUCAGACUCUGUUUCACAGCAGCAGCUCAGGACCCGGUGAGAGCAGGCCGGACGCCAACGCAGUCCACUGUGUGCUUGACAUCGGACAAGGAGGCAGCUCAGAUGAGGCUCAGGUGUCCGAAGCCCCCAGUCCAUCGCGAAGCCUCCUGCCAGUUCCUAUGGUAACAGCAGGCCGCCGCCAUCACAACUGUGUGUCAGACAUCCCUCAGAUUGUAGAGAUCACUCUCGACAAGGACACUGAGGAUGUGCGGGGGGGCUCAGGGGGCGUUCCUAUGGCCCGCAGAGACUCUUAUUCCCGUCAUGCCCCAUGGGGGGGCAAGAAAAAACACUCAUUCACCAAAACCCAAAGUUCCUUGGAAGCAGACAGGCGGUCUGGCCGUUUACGGGGUAGCGGGAAUAGGAGGGAUCGACGUUAUGGAAUUGGCUCCAUCCAGGAAAUGAGCGACUCCGUUUCUGGAGGACGCAGUCUGAACGCUCGCUCUCUGAAGCAACGGCUGAGUGACACUGUUGGGCUGUGUUUACCCCUCCCCCCUCGCAGACGCUCAGCUAAGAACCCCGUUACCUCCAAACGCAAGAUCCACCUGACGGAGCUGAUGCUGGAGACCUGCCCCUUCCCCCCUGGAUCAGACCUCGCACACAAGUGGCACCUGAUCAAGCAGCACACGGCACCAGUUAGCCCCCAUUCCUCCACCGCCCUGCUCGAUGCCUUCGACCCAGCCCACCCCUCCCCUGAGGACGAGGAGGAGCGUCUGCGUGAGCGCCGCAGACUUAGCAUCGAGGAAGGUGUGGACCCCCCUCCCAAUGCACAGAUCCACACCCUGGAGGCCUCAGUGCCUGGCUCCUCUCUCUACAAACUGGGACCAAAGUUGGCUCCCGGCACAGGGGAAUCCUCUGGGGAGGUCCGGUCCUUGGGGUCCGGCAGCUCUGCGAGUGCUGGAUCAUCGGGGGCCUGCAGUUCGUUGUUGGGGGCUGCAGCGUCGGCUCAGGACUGUGACUCGGAGGAGGACUCGACCACCCUCUGUCUGCAGGCCAGGAGGCCCAAACAGCGGCACGCUUCAGGGGACGGACAACUGAGCCGGCAGCAGCCUGGACCCUGGAAGGUCCACACCCAGAUAGACUACAUCCAUUGCCUCGUCCCGGACCUGUGGCAGAUCACUGCUCUGCCCUGCUACUGGGGCGUGAUGGACCGCUAUGAGGCCGAGGCACUGCUGGACGGGCGGCCGGAGGGCACCUUCCUGCUGCGUGACUCGGCCCAGGAGGUCUACCUCUUCUCCGUUAGCUUCCGCCGUUACAACCGCUCGCUGCACGCCCGCAUCGAGCAGUGGAACCACAACUUCAGCUUCGACGCUCACGACCCGUGUGUGUUCCAUUCGUCCACUGUCACAGGACUGCUGGAGCACUACAAGGACCCCAGCGCCUGCAUGUUCUUUGAACCGCUGCUCACAGCGCCGCUCAAUCGGACCUUUCCCUUCGGCCUGCAGCACCUAGCUCGGGCCGCCAUCUGCCGCUGGACCACUUACGAUGGUAUAGGCUCUCUGCCACUACCACCCGCCCUGCAGGACUUUCUCAAGGAGUAUCACUAUAAACAGAAAGUACGAGUCCGCUGGCUGGAGAGGGAACCGCCAACAAAGGUCAAAUAGGACGGGGCUUCUCUGAGCCUGCACGUACGCUGCAGGAGGGUUACACAUCCUGAGGAGCUCCUCGUUAGAGCUUUAGAGACAUUUCUCUCUUUCUGAUGGGGGAUGAAAUCUAAAUGUAACAAGCUAUACAAGAUUCAUUCUAAUCUUUGCUUUAGUUAUUACUUACAUCACAGAAAAUACAUAUGAUUAUAUUCAGUAUAACGCUGUCUGGCAAGCACAUGUUUUUGUGUUGAACAGGUUGUUUUGACCAGGAGGGGAGGCACAAAUAUCAGAGCUUUGUGUCUUUUCUCUCCUGCUUUGUGCUAAAUGUCUGCCUGAUCCCACCACUUCAUCACCUGCCUGUACACCUGCCUGCAUGCCUCCCUCUUCAUCCCAAACCGCUAUUUAAGCCCACACGGCUCCGUUGUACAGUUCACUUUGUGCUCUCCCUUUUUUUUUUUUUUCUUUCUUCCUGAGCUUGUCAAAGCACAGAGUGGAGCACCUUCACAGGAGGUGUGUGU